UAACCUAAAAUUUUGUUCUUGUCAUUGUCUAUUUUUAUUUCCGAAGAGUUGUUAAAAAAACAAAUUCUCAUUGAAUAUUAACAUAUUUAUUUUUUUUAGUAGCUCAUUAAAAUGUCUGGAUCUAAUAAAACAUUUUGUGAUGAUAUGCGUAAAGCAACUAAAGAAAUUCAUGCAAUAAGUGAUGCAUUAGUUAAUGCUAAAUUGGCAUUAGGAUUACACAAUAAUAAAAUAUGGGCUGAUGGACUACUGAUAUUCUAUGAAAUAUUCAAAUUUUUAGAAGAAUCAAUUGACAAAAAAAUUCACAGUAAAAUUGAAUGUUUUCAAUUUUUAUAUGAUUUAAAACGAUCCCAAGCUAUUCAAGACGAUUUGAAUUAUUAUUUAAAUAAAGACUGGCUAAAAAGUUAUAGCCCAAGACCCGCAGUAAUUAAAUACAUAGAUCAUUUAAAAAAAUUACAAAAUGAUAAUCCUAUACUAAUAAUUGCAUACAUCUAUCAUCUGUACAUGGGUUUAUUGAGCGGUGGAAUAAUACUUCGUAAAAAACGACAACUAGUGAAAAAAUUGAUGAUAUUUAAUACUGGCGACGACAAAUUAGAAGGCAACCGUGUGACAGAUUUUGGGGAAUUAAGUAUUUAUGAAUUAAAAAAAAAAUUACGGAAAACGAUGAACGAAAUUGCUGAUGAUCUAGAUGACGAUACCAAACAAAGUCUUAUUGACGAAAGUAAACAAGUAUUUAUUUUAAACAAUCAAGUCAUACAAAGUGUACAAGGUGUCAAUGCUGUAAUAUUUAACAAAUUUAUUCCUAUUAUUAUUUUUAUUAUUGCGCUUGUUAUAUUGUUAUAUAUUUUUAGAAAUAAAAUUUAAUUUUUUACCCAU